AUGGCUGACCGCCAUGCGCGGUUCCUCCUGCCUUUCGGCGAGGAAGAGCAGGAGCACAUCGACUGGCAUGGGGCGCAGCCCAGGCCUCACCACCGCCAUGUGCCGGGGUUGCCGGAGGCAGCUCAGGCGGUGGAGCACCGCCGCCCAGGGAAGCAGCUUCUGAAGAAGGGCAGCUUCCACGCGCCUUGCGCCCAAGACGAGCUGCAACUGUUUGUGGCCCUUGAGACGCCGGAGCAGGCCGCCCGGCUGCGGAAGCAGGCAGCGGAGUUAGACAGCGGCAUGGGCGGCAUGCAGGAGAUCUUGUUGGACCAGUUCAUUGAGAAAGACUACGGGGACGAUUUGCUCUUGCUUACGGCGACAGAGCAGCCUGGGGGGCGCCUCGUGGGUCUGAUCUUCUGGCGAUAUCUCCACUCGGCUCACGACGACUUCUGGCGGCAUGUGCUUGUCGACCUGGGCAAAGCAGAAGACCUGCACCCCAUCGGCGAGCAAAGCAGAGGUGCACCCCCGGACGCGUGGAUUCUUGUGGAGCUGCUGUGUACCGACGACUCCUUCCGCAAGCGCGGCGUUGGCAAGCUGCUCCUGGUGGCUGCCUUGGCAUACUCCACUGUGAAGGAUGGCAAGACGGCAGCGGUGCUUACGCUCGGCCGCGGCGAGGCAAAUGAGCCCGCCGUUGAGCUUUAUCGGCCCCGCGGUGUGAAGGCAGACUUGAAGGCAGUUUCUUCAGGGUGCUGA